CUUGUGUGUAACUCCCACAACAGAUUUCUAAUAAAAUCCCUUACUUAACUGAUUCAUUGUGAUGGAGCAGGAGCAAAAACUGUUGGUCUCAGAUUCAAAUGGCUUCAUGGAGGAGAGUUUGCAAAGCUCUUUUACAGGAGAUGAAAGUAAGAAUAAUUUGGAAACUGUUCAACAUAACCUUAAGGCAGAUAAAGAGAGCGCCUCACAGUGGUCUAAAAGAGAAGUGCCACAAAAGUGUAAGCUGGAGGAGACAAAAGAAAUGCCACAGACAAGGUCUCAUGGAACUGAGAUAUGGCCUGGGGAUUCCUAUGAGGAUAAUGGUGGGUCAGAGAAUCAGAGAAAUUCUAUAGGACAAAAGGAGGGAAAACCCAGUCACUGGGGAUAUGACCCAGGUGAGCACACUAGUGUCUCUGUCCAACAGAUUUCACCUGUCAGAGACAAACCCUACAAAUGUUCCGAAUGUUGGAAAGGCUUUAAUAAUAGUUCUCAUUUGCGUGCUCACCAGAGGACUCACUCAGGAGAAAAACCUUAUAAGUGCUCUGAGUGUGGGAAAUGCUUUAGUAACAGCUCACACCUGAUUCAGCAUGUGAGAACACACACAGGGGAGAAGCCCUACCAGUGUGGUGAAUGUGGAAAAAACUUCAGCAAUACCUCCCAUCUCAUUAUCCAUGAGAGAACUCAUACGGGAGAGAAACCCUAUAAAUGUCCCGACUGUGGGAAGAGUUUCAGUAGCAGUUCUCACCUUAUUCAGCAUCACAGAUCACAUACCGGUGAAAAACCAUAUGAAUGUCCGGUUUGUGGGAAAUGCUUCAGCCACAGUUAUGUCCUAAUAGAACAUCAAAGGACUCACACCGGAGAAAAACCAUAUAAGUGCCCUGAUUGUGGAAAGAGUUUUAGUCAGAGUUCUAGCCUUAUUCGUCACCAGCGGACACACACAGGUGAGAAGCCCUACAGAUGUCUGGAGUGUGGAAAACGCUUUGGUUGUAAUUCAACUCUAUUAAAGCAUCAGAGAAUGCACACAGGAGAAAAGCCCUAUCAGUGUACAGAAUGUGGGAAACAUUUCAGCCGAAGUUCAAAUCUUGUUACACACCAGAAAACACAUACAGAAGAGAAAUCCUAUGAAAGUUCAGAAUAUGAAGAAAGUUGGAGUCAGAACUUCAAGGUGACAGAAGAAUGCAGAAUCCAGCCAGGAGAGAAACCAUAUAAAUGUUGUGAAUGUGGAAAGAGUUUUGGCCUCAGCUCCCAUCUCAUUAGACAUCAGAGAACACACACAGGAGAAAAACCGUACAGAUGUUCUGAGUGUUGGAAAACCUUUAGUCAGAGUUCCACUCUGGUGAUUCACCAAAGGACUCACACAGGAGAGAAACCUUAUAAGUGCCCUGACUGUGGCGAGUGCUUCAGUCAAAGCUUUAAUCUUAUUAGGCACCGGAGGACCCACAUAGGAGAAAAGCCUUACAAAUGCACUGACUGUGAGAAAUGCUUCAGCAGAAGUGCCUACCUCACUCAGCAUCAAAAAAUUCACAUGGAGAAAUCUUUUGAGUUUCCUGAAGCAAAAGGUUUUCCUCAUAGAUGGACUUGGAAAAACCAUUCAGGGGAAAUGACUCUCAUCUCAUCAUUCUCAGUCCCCAAUUCAUCUUCCUCUUGAGGUUUUUUUUUUUUUCCUUUCCUUUUCUUACCAGACCAUUGCGUUUAAGAUGUUCUCUGAUAUGGUCACACCAAGUCUCUUUGGUUUGUUUGCCAAAACUGCUGGAAAAAGUCAACCUCCCAGCUUAGAGGAUGGGAAGAUCCAGGUCAGCAGAUUAUUAAAUCUGUCCAGUGAGAGAUACUGCCAAGGAUGGAGAACAAGAACUUUUUUGAAGUUUAAGGUAAGGUAGCUUUCAAAAGAAGGAAAAUCCCAGUAAUAAGGGUAGCUGAGAGCUUGAAGCCAAGGUUGCAAUUGAAUUUCCUUAUUUUCUCGUAUCUGAUUGAAUGCUGAUAAGUCAGAACUAGACUCAGGGAUUUACCCAGAGAAAGAUUUUUGAACAAAUUACAUGAUUUUCUAUGUUAUUGCGUCUUAAAGGAAAAAAGCUGGUUUUUUUUUCCAAAUUCAUUUUUGCUAAAAAUAACUUUUUUAUUAUAUAAGAACUGUACUAAUUGGAUAGCUACCAGCCACAAGUGGCUAUUUAAAUUUAUAUUAAGAUGAAAUUUAAAAUUUAGUUCCUUAGUUGCGCAAAUCACUUUCUGAGUGUUUAGUAGCCACAGGUAUGGAGGCUGUAUUGGAUAUCAUGGCAUACAAUUUUUUUUUUUCUAAGGUCAGUACUCUUGAAAUGAUAAAAUUUUCAUGAAAGCCUAUGGGUUUCAUGAAAGCUGUGGGUUUCUGCUCUUAAGAACUAUAGUAUAGAGUAGACAUGGGAUAGAGUUUUGAAGGCUCUGGGUCAAGAUACUAUUCUGAUGAUUCUAUAUUUUAUGUUCAACCAUCUCGUCAUCUAGUGAUAUAUUCCCAUGGUUUUGGCAAAAGUCAAAAUAGGAGGCAGGAGUCUUGCACUCUCUGAAAAUUUUUGAUAAUAGUUCUUUCCUCUCAGUUUUCUCGUUACAUAAUCCUAAUCAUAUCAUUAAUUCUAUAUUUUUUCCUAAUAAUUAACCCACUGAAUCCAAGCCUACGUGUAGGGACAGUUUGUCCCUAGAGAGCAAGACUCCUUAGUUUCAGCCUCAAAAGUUGUCCUUUGUCAUUUGUUUUAUAUGGUGCAUGGAUCCCAUAAUUGAGACCUCCUCCACUCAGCUGUCUACAGAGUGAUGGUUUCUAAAGAAUUAAGAUAUUUCUCAUGCCCCAAUUUUUUUCUUCUAGUGUGAAAGGUAGCAAGUAGGAAGGCCAACCCUACUGAAGUACUCAGGAUUUUGUCUCAUUUUGAAUUCAAAAUAUAUUUUAUGUAGUGGCCCAGAUUAGUACUCUGAAGCCAGAAAGUAUCAAUUACAGCUUCUAGAAAGGACUCUCACUGGUGGGGCACUGAGUGUCAUAGGGAUUAUUUCUUCUUUCAUGAUUAUGGUGCCUUUUUGUAUUCUCGCAGUUAAACAGUAAAGCAAAAGCUAGCACAUGAAAGGAUUUAAGAAGUAUUGGGAUGAUUUUCUGCUUUUUGAAAGGGGGAGAACAUUCUUGGGCAUCACAUUUUCAUGGCCCUUAUCUAAGCAUCUUGUUUACCUUUCUGUAGGAUUUACUGUUGCCCAAAUUGUCUUAACCUCUUAUAUCUGAGGUUAAGAUUUUACAGUAUUUUCUUAAACUUUAAUCAGGAGUUUGAUGAAUGUUUAAUAUUUAAUGUUGGGUAGCUGCUGUUGAAGCAGAAAUCUAAGUCAGUUGCUGUGCUGGUGGUACACGAUGGUCAUUCUCAAUGUGUGGCAGGCAGCCACUUGGAGCCUGUUUCCUCAUCUGGAAAGCAGACAUUGCCCACUUGCCAGGUUUUCUGUAAGAAUUACAUGUAGCUGGUAUCAGCCUAUCACUUAACAAGGUUGAAAAAACUGCCUCAGUUCCUUGCUGAACAGGCAAGUUUGGGAGACUUGAAUAGAUGCGGGAGUCAGUCUGCCAUGGGAAUUGGGCCUAAACCUUACUACCAUGGCCAGAAAAGCCAGCCCAGCUCCAGAAUAUGGAAGCAGAGUCUAGACACAUUCUGUGUCAAAUGUGGGUCAGUGCCCAAGACCAGACAUUCCAGCAGAUAGAGCGCCCGCCGGAUUAGAAGGCCUAAAACAGCAGUAUACGGAGAACCUCAGGCCCUUCUUCCCUUAGAGAUGAUCUCUCUCCCCUCACCUCUGCUCCCUUGCAGGAUACUGAAUAAAUCUGCCUUUUCUAUUC